AUGAGAAGAACUUGGGAAAAGACGCUCUUCAGAAGUAUUCCUCGCAUUAGUUCUUCUUCGUUUACGUCGUCGUUUACGUCGUCGGCUUCUUGCGGUGGUCGUCAUCAAACGACGACUUUGAGGACGACGACGACGUUUCGGGAAAGAUAUCAUCGGAACGAUGAGAGAACAAUCUGGACGUCAUCCUCGCCGUGCGCGGGAUACUCUUUCGGCGUCAUCGGUGGCGGCACGCCCUCGGAAAUCACCCCGAUCGAUGAUUUCAUGGGGGACAACAAACCAAAAGCGAAACCGAUGAAACGAGCCGCCACGGCGCAAGGGACCGCGCAAACGGAAGCCUCGGACAACCGAAUCGGUCGUGGGAGUGCGAACACCAUCAAAGAGAAACCGAAGGACGAACGAAUAGGGCAGACGCAUUUGUUGGACAUUUUGAAGAAAGAGAAGGAGAAAAACAAUAACAACGGUAUCGAAGACGAUUCAGGUGAGAAGAGAAACUUACCGUCGUUUGCGUUUUGCGGCGUCGGCGGUUUGGACGAUCACUUCGCGACGUUGUUUCGACGAGUGUUCGCGUCGAGGAUGAUCGACCCGAUCGUGGCGAAGAAGAUGGAGUUGGAACACGUGCGAGGGGUUUUGUUGCACGGGCCUCCCGGGACUGGGAAGACGUUAGUCGCGAAAGCGCUUGGUGAGCUUUUGCACGCGCACCCGCCGAAAAUUGUCAACGGACCGGAAAUUUUGCAAAGGUUCGUCGGUCAAUCCGAGGAGAACAUCCGAGGUCUGUUCGCGGACGCCGAAUUGGAGUAUAAAAUUCGAGGCGAAGAGAGUAAGUUACACGUGAUUGUGUUCGAUGAAAUCGAUGCGGUGUGCAAAGCGAGAGGUUCGGGAGGCGUGACCGCGUCUGUGGUGCACGAUAACGUGGUGAACCAGUUGUUGACAAAGUUGGACGGGAUGCGGACGCUGAACAACGUGCUCGUCGUCGGCAUUACGAAUCGAAGAGAUUUGUUAGACAAAGCGUUGUUACGACCGGGUCGAUUGGAGUUGCAAUUAGAGAUUGGUUUACCGGAUGCGUACGGACGGUUACAGAUUUUAGGCAUUCACACGAAAUCGAUGAAAGAGAGCGGGACUUUGAGCGAGUGCGUGGAUUUGGAACGGUUGGCGCAGAUGACCGAGAACCACAGCGGCGCGGAAUUGAAAGGUUUAGUGAGAGCGGCGACCAGUCACGCGUUGGCGAGACAUUUAGGUAUGGGGACUGACGACAUCGCACAAGUCGACACUUCUUCUUCUUCCUCACUGGAAGAGAACCCGAAAGUUACCAUGGACGAUUUCAUCGCCGCGAUGAAAGAGUUCGUCUCGGCCAUGAAGCAAGACGCGAAGGAAGUCGCCAACAUCGUCCCGGAAAACUUUGUCCAACUAGAGAAACAAACCGAAGCCUUCGAUGAACUCACGGAAACUUUGGUCACGUUACGAAACAGCGGCGGAGGUAAAAACGACGGACACAAUAUCAGCGGUAUCGCGCAAACUAUCGUUCAAGUUCGAGGCGCGAGAAACAGCGGCAAAACGACGUUGGCGUGUAAAGCCGUCACGGACGCAAAGUACCCGCACGCGAGAAUAAUCAGCGCGCACGACAUAUUAAAAAAAGUCGAAGACCCGUCUUUGACAGCCUCUUCGGUCGUCUAUGCCAUCAAAAAUGCGUUCGACGAUGCCGCCAAAGGAAAAUUGUCCGCGAUUAUUAUCGACGAUUUGGACGUGUUACUCGGCGUCGAUCGAGCGACUGGACAAAUCCCGGACGGGAACAAAGAAAUGGCUCGAGUCGUCCUCGAAAUGAUCGCAUCGGCGCCAGAACGCGGACGUAAACUCGCCGUCAUCGUCACCACGAACUCCUCCCCCUCAACUUCGUCGGAAGAAAGAGACGUCAUUAAAUCCAUUGAAAUCGAUGAAAACGACGCAAACCUGUUCGAAGACUACGACGACGAAAGCGACGACGACGACUACACCGAACUCGAUUUCCUCCUCUCCGAAUACGUCUCGAGAACCAUCGAUGUCCUCCCAGACGAUACCAAAUCCGCCUGCGACACCAUUCUCAUGGCGCAAGGCUUACCGUCCUAUUUAUCCUCCAGUUGCCUCGAGUUCAGCGAACACGGAAGCGACACCGGGAGUACAAUUCCUACGGGUAAGUUGAUGAAAAUGGUCGAACACGCGAAAGAGAGCAUCGGUACGGAGAAAAUCGAGGCGAACGUGAGAGAGAUUUUUAGGAAGAGCAUGAAAGUUGCCGCGCACAUAGUCGUUUAA